ACCAAUCAACAACCCAAUUUUUUAACCUUUAAUUAUUGUUGGUCAAUUGAAGUUACAAUUGAAUCGAUAGCUCAUCAACAAGAAGACCAAUUGUGAAAACUAAAGGCUUUUCACUUUCUGGUUUUCUGGUUAAAAUUAUAAACCAUUAGUCACUGGUAUUGUCUUGUUUCACUUGGCGCUCAUCGCCAUCUUGUCUUAUGUUUUCUCUGUUUUCUCUGUUUUCUGUUAAUUAUUUUAAUCUUGUUUUACCGUUGGCCAUCUUGUUAAAUUAUAUCAACCCAAAAAUGUAUCUUGAUUAAUCUCAAUUUUAGGACAUCAUAAGGCAUGUGAUUUCCAAUGACAAGGAUUAACUUCUGCUUUUGGUACGACAUCAUUUCUGACCUGGCAUGUUUCUGGUAUUUUAGUUGAACCUUAUUGCAAAGUGAUAUUGGAAUAACCCGAAAAGAGUCUGGUGUAUCUUAAUGUACAUUACAAAUUCGUCAACCUGAUUUUGUACAAACACAUCAACAAUUCAAAAUCGAUUGCUGAUCCACUCUGUGAACGUUGUCUCUUAACCAUCUUUAAAUCAUCUUCUCAGAGUGCCUUUUUGCCCAGACUAAUGUUGACCAUUAGAUGGGUUUAAUAAAAACCAAUCAACUAAUCCUGUAACUUAGUGCCUAAAUCGUAGCCUAUUGAAAUACCCAAUUUUUAAUUACCUAAAUUAUAUCCUAGUUUUUUUUAAAUCGUAAUUUUUUCACAUUCCCAAUCAUGGUUGACUUUACUCCAGUUUUACCAGCGCUGCUUCCCCUUGCCACCCUCUUGUGGAUCAGAGCUGCUGACCAUUCAGUCAGUAUAUCAAGAAAUAAUUGGGAACCAGAGUAUGAUUAUAUCAUAGUGGGAGGAGGAUCAGCUGGUGCUGUUCUUGCAAAUCGUCUCUCCGAGAAUCCAGCAUGGAGAGUGUUGCUACUCGAAGCUGGAGGAUCUGAAUCGAUAUUGAGUGACAUUCCGAUUGCUGCGGCAACCCUUCAAAUGACUCCAAUUGACUGGGCCUAUCAAACAGAGCCUCAAGAAGCCUCGUGCUUUGGAUUAAUCAACAGACGAAGUCGCUGGCCUCGUGGCCGAGUGCUAGGUGGUUCAUCUGUGCUCAAUUACAUGCUUUAUGUUCGAGGUAAUAAACGUGAUUAUGCAAAUUGGGUUAAAGAUGGUGCCUAUGGUUGGUCAUGGGAAGAAGUUUUUCCUUAUUUUCUUAAAUCCGAAGACAAUCGAGAUCCAAGUCUUGCAUAUAAUGGUUACCAUUCAACCGGCGGAUAUUUAACGGUAGCAACACCACCAGAUGCAACUCCAAUUGCCACAGCAUUUCCAGAAGCGGGUAAAUACCUGGGUUACCCAAAUGUUGACCUUAAUGGUCCUCUUCAAGCGGGUUUUGCCAUUCCUCAGGGAACCAUUAGACGAGGUGCAAGAUGUUCAACGUCCAAGGCUUUUCUUAGACCAGCUCGUAAACGUCCCAAUCUCCAUGUGCUUACCUUUGCUUAUGCCACUCGUAUACUUUUCAAUGAUUUCAAGAAAGCCAUUGGUGUCCAGUUUGAUCGAUUUUCAUUGACCCAUGUUGUUUAUGCUCGUAAUGAGAUUAUCGUUUCUGGUGGUUCCAUCAAUUCACCUCAGCUUUUAAUGUUGUCUGGUAUUGGACCAGCUGAACAUUUGGCCUCUCUUGGUAUCCCAGUGAUUGCUGAUCUUCCAGUUGGUGACAAUCUUCAAGAUCACAUUUAUCCAGGAGGAAUCCAUUUCACAAUUGACGCUAAAGUAUCUCUUAUCCAAAGACGUGUCGUCACCUUACCUAACAUUUUAACUUACUUUGCAAGUGGACGAGGUCCAUUAACCGCAUUGGGUGGUGUAGAAGGCUUAGGAUUUAUAAAGACCAAAUAUACCAACCUUACGGAUGAUUGGCCUGAUUUUGAGAUUCAUCUUUUAUCCGGUGGACCAACAUCAGAUGAUGGGCAAACCUUUCGUCGGGUUCAAGGUUUUACCCGAGAAAUGUGGGAACAAGUGUACCGACCGUAUCUUCCCUAUGACACCUUUUCCAUGUAUCCUGUUUUAUUGAGGCCAAAAAGUCGUGGUUUCGUGCGUCUACGAUCAGCCAACCCUUAUGAUCCACCUGUAAUUGAUCCUCGCUAUUUAACCCAUCCAGAUGACAUACUUGCCAUGGUUGAUGCAAUGAAAAUAUCAAUCGCUGUAGGCUUGGCUCCAGCUUACAGAGAAAUGGAUGCCAGAUUAUUUGAAACCAUUUUCCCGGGUUGUGAGAUUUACAGUAUUUGGAGCGAUGAAUAUUUAGCUUGUGUGGCUCGUACCUACACAGCAACCAUUUAUCACCCGGUGGGAACCUGUCGUAUGGGUUCACCUUAUGAUAAAACCUCGGUGGUUGAUCCACAUUUAAGGGUUCUCGGUGGUGUGAAGGGUCUUCGUGUUGCUGAUGGAUCUGUUAUGCCCAACAUCAUUUCAGGCAAUACAAAUGCACCAAUCAUAAUGAUUGCCGAAAGAUUGGCUGAUUUUAUCAAAGGGCAACAAUUAAAGCCAAUGAGUCCACACGUACCUGGACUGCUUAAACGAAACUCUCUAGGUCUUACUAAUUACGAGUAUGUAGAAAAUAUAAUUACUAAUCUAAUUAAUGUGAAUAAAGCCAAGAAAUGAUAGCUAGAGAUUUAUACAUAAAUAUUAGAUAUUUAAAUAUGAAUGUCAUCUUGUUGUGUAAUUUGUGUAAUCAUUAUCAUCAUCGCCAUCAACAUUAACUUCAUAAGAUUUUCGUUUGACUUGAUUUUCAUCACAUUGAUUAUCGCCACCACAUUCAUCGCCAUCAUUGCUACCACCAUCAUCAUCGUCAUCGACACCGUCAAUACCACCACUUGAACAUCGCCAUCAUUGUUUCACCAGCACAAUCAAAGGACAGAUAUAAACAUUAUGAGGAAAGAAAAGUUGUUUAUUGUUGUCAUCUUGGAUCUUCUUUUCUCAUUCUUUCAUCAAUCCUUUCUAAUUAAUAACAAUAAUAGAGAUGUCAUGAAAUAUCAUUCUGCCACAAUCAAAUUAAAUUGUCACUCAACCUUUUCAUCUCUUUCUUGUUAAAAUUGAAAAGCUUGUUGUUAACAGUUUUCACUACUUUUCAACCAAUCAAUUGAUCAUUUUUUUAAACUAAAACUGAUGGACAAUUGUCAUCAUCACUAUUGAGUAAUCAUUUGUUUUAAUCAUGAAUAUUGAAACGUCUUUUUUCUUCUCAUCUCAACAAUUGAUGUGAUAUGAUUUGUUUCCAAAAUAUGAUUGGGACCAUUUGCAUGUUAAGUUGUAAAAAUUUUUUUAACCAACAAAUGAAACGAAAUGAAAAUUCA